UUAAAUAAUAAAACCCUAUUAUAUGUAUAUAAGUGACCCUUGUCACGCUUUGCAUUUCUUAUAUUCCAAUUUGUCCGAUGAGCGUUGCCGAAAAAAUAGGCUGAGGCUGAGUUUGGUUCUCCUCUGAAACCCUAAAAUCGCCGAUCCAAAGAGAACGAUGGAACUGACAUGGUUGAGUGCCAUUUUGGUUGGUGCUGCUUUUGGUUACUUCAUUGGUUCUCAGUAUCCCCAUCGUUUUCUCUUCCCACAUAGAAGAUCAUUGUCUUCCAAAGACAAAGAACCUUCACUUCUCAACGAUGACAGUAACAGUAGUAGCAAGAACAAGAAGAAGAAGAACAGUAGUAACUCCAAACUCAAAGACCCACUUGAGGUUGAACAGCUCGCUGACAUUCUCGAUGAUUUCAAGAUGAUACUUGUUGUUAGAAAUGAUCUCAAAAUGGGUAAAGGAAAGAUUGCUGCUCAAUGCAGUCAUGCAACAUUGGGUCUCUAUAAAAAGCUCCUUCAUCGUGCCCCAAAGGCUUUGAACAGGUGGGAGAUGUCUGCACAGCCGAAGGUUGUUGUCAAAAUUGAAAGUGAAGAAGAUAUGCUGGCUUUGCAGGAAAGGGCUAAAUCUCUGAAGUUACCCACCCAUAUCACAAUCGAUGCUGGGAGAACACAGAUUGCACCGAAUUCCAGAACAGUGAUGGCAAUUCUCGGACCUGUUGAAGUUGUGGAUGAGGUAACAGGUGGACUGAAACUAUUAUAGCUUUCUGUCCAGUCAAGAUGUUCAAUUAUUACCACAUCGAACGUUUGAGACCGAACUGCAUCAGAGCUCCUCAGUGAAGAUUUGCAAUUAACCUUUAGUUGAAGGUAAUGAUGAUGAUGAUGAAAACUUUUUCUUUGGAGAUCCUUCCUGACAAAAACUGGAAUCCUGAAUCUGGUAGAAAUUCUUACACAGAAUGGUGUAGAAUGGUGUAAUUCAUUAAAUGUGAGUCUGGUUUGUUGUCCAAAAUUUAUAUAUUCAUGGCGGUACAAAUGAUUGAUUUGGCUAUAAUUUGGAUUUUAUUUUCUGGCCAUCAAUAAUGAAAAUUGGAUAUGCCAUUUGGAUUAAAGAAAAUAUGCAGAAAAUCAAUGAAACACUUCAUCCGGUUUUGAAGAGCUUAUUUUUAAUUUGACA